GAUGUGUCUAUUUUUGUGGCUAAGUUUGUGAUAGAUAAGGUCUUCAUAAAUCAAUUAAUUUUAUACACGGGUUAGCAUUCGUAGGUCCAAUUUUGACGGGAUCUAUAUGACAAAAGUAUAGUACGCCCAAUCAUUAAUAUUGCAUAAAGCUCUUGCCCUGUUUGCACAUGCGCAGUAGUAGCUUUUUUCCAUACAAAACAAACGACAGACGUGUUUCACUAAAGAAAAUUACAAAUAGGUAUCAAACAGAAACAAAACUGAUUUUAUUCGUAUUGAUAUAUCGAUUCGUGAAUUCUUAUGGAAAGUGAAAACCAAAACAAACAGAAUACAACAAUGUAAACAUGAGUGAGCAUAAGAUAUUGUUUUGUAUUUUCUUUCUUAUUAUUUACUGCUUUUACAAUGUUAACAUGUGGUUUACGGCUAUGAACAAUCAUGUUGAAGAAACAAAGAUCGAGCCGGUCGAUAAACAACCGAAAAUAAAACGAAGUUCUUCAGUGAAAACCUCAAGGCACAAUACAAUUCCAUUGUUCAUGAAAGACGCAUGCAGCGUUUUGGACAUAUUCACCAAGCCGGAAAUCCACAGGAAACCACAUAAAAACAAAAUGGACGACGAUAAUGGGAUAUCUGCAAUUGGUAUAACCGUGUUUCUUGUGAUACUUGUUUUGAAUGCAGCUAUGGAUGCAUUUAAAGAAAAAUCAGAGAUGAAAGAGAAAGAAAACACAGAAGGUCGGCGGCAGUCCCUCGCAGAGUUUGCUAAUAAAAAACCAUUGAGACGGGAGUCUAGUAGAUUCGGAUUUCAAUUGUUUCAAAUCUCUGAAACAGAAACAAAAACAGAAGAAAAUCAAACUCGGAAAACAAGACCCUACUUGCGAGGAGAUUCGAUAAAUUCUUAUUUAAGUGACAAGAAGACUCAAUCAGAAACCGCUCCAGCAUCAAUUGGUGACACGCAUGAGGCUAAACUAUUAAAACGACAGUCUAUUGCUAGACUCAUUGGAGCGCGGCCAAUUCCAAUGGUACGUCGUUCAUCCUUCCCAGUUCUUCCCUUGAACCCCGAUGUCCAGGCGCUGAUGCACCCCAAUCGACAGGCGUCUUUAGACAGCGACGAUGAAGGAGACGGGAAGUGUCGAAGAGUCAGAUUUAUUCGCCGAUACUAACUUAACAAUGUGAAAAUGAACUUAACGCGAGGAAAUUUUGGAUCAAUGAUUUAUUAUGACUUUCGUUGUGGGCUUACUCAACAACAAAGCUAUGAUAGGCUGCGAUUAGCAUAUCUUAAUGAAGUCCUAUCUUGUGCCUGUAUUUACAUCGGUUUAACGAGUUAAAGAGUGGACGUAACAAUCUCACAGAUCCGCGUGAGCGACAUCCUUUAACAGCAAGACUACUGAAGAUAAUAUCAGUGCUAUGCUACGCAUUAUAGAGGAAGAUAAGAGAACUAUCAAAGAUACGGGCAAGCCUAGGCAUUGGUAUGAGCCAAGUUAAAAAAUAUUACACAUACAUUUAGGCUUUGUACCAGAUGGUUUCCCCAUACUUUAACCGUCGACCAGAUACCUUCGCAUAGACAGGUGUCGCCAAAUGUUAGAUAUGUCACAGGUGAUAAAAUGGAUAUAUUGCUACGAAUCCGAAAUCAAAGGGCAAUCAGCUCAGUGGUAGUUUCAUUUCGAGGAUCGGCCUACAAAGGUAAAAAAAGGAAGAAGUCAAGGAAAAAAGAUGAUUGCCUCAUUCUUUGCUUGAUAGAAGAUGAAAGGACAGUUACCGCAGACUGUUCUGUCAAUCGCUGUUUGACUAUCGUCUUGAAAAAAAAUCAAUGUCAAUUCACGUCAAUGCGUCAGCCCACUCCACAACAUAGACUGUUGAAUAUUUAACAUGGCAGGUGUCGAGAUAAUGAGUCAUCCGCCAUACAGUCCUGACCUGGCACCCUGCAACUUAGAUAUAAUUCGGGGUAUUCGCUUUACGAGCCCUGAAGAUGCGGUGAAAGCGUACAAAAAUGCCAUAGAAGAGAAGCCCAUUCUUCCUUCCCAAGGAGAUGGGGGCCUACUGCUUUUCUCAGUAGUUCCAUCGAAUGCGACAAUGUGUAGAGAGGAACGGACAUUACUUCGAAAAACAAUAAAAGUAUUGGCAACAUUCUACAUUAAGCCGUUUUUCAUUUUCAGUGGUCUCUAGGUAUAAAGCCUUUCCUUAACUUUUGAAAGUAAUUUAAAAAUAUGUACAGAUUAGGGAAAAUUAAAGGUCGUUCAAAUCAAGCGAUUUAUUAAUAUUGUAAAUAACUCAGACAUAUUAUGCUCUUAUAAAGAUCUAUUGUUCUAUACUAUUUUACAUAUAAUAGAUGUUGUAUAAUAAAAAUAUUGUGUCUAAUAAAAAUGUUAAUGCUGUUGAUAAUAAAAUGGACAAACUUUAUUCUAGUUAAUAAAAAACUACAAAUUCUAUUAUGAACAAAGACGUGAUAUUGAAUGAAAACAUGGAUGGUGAGGCCUUAUCUUUGGUGGCAAAGGGGUAAGAGGUGAUAUAUAACAGAAAAAAGAUUCAACUACUGUAUAUGAAUACAUAUACUUUUGUUUGUAUUAUAUAAAUUAAAAUUUGUUUUGGUUGUAUUAAAUUUAGCGCUAAAGAUAAAAUUUAUUAUCAUCCGUUAUAUUAAAGUGUCUAAAACACCUUUAUACAAUUAGUUGUUUUAAAUAUAAGUUGGUAUGCACCCCGGUAUUGUGAAUUCUUUAUUGUAUUCAUACUGUAUUUCUAUCUAGUCUUCUAAUUAUCUGAUAUGAUAAAUAAAUAAAGAAGUCGGUUAAAACUUAACUUCAUUAAAUUAUUGU